CCUCAUCUCCCCCACUGAAUCCACCAGCAUGGGGGAGAAAUCAGAGAACUGCAGAGUUCCAGAAAAUAUGAUCAAUGGCUUGAAGGUUACAGAUCCUCAGGACUCAGAGUAUGUCAGCCCUACAGUUUCUAAUCCCAAAGAUGAGCAUUCCCAGAGCAAAGCAUCUCUCAAAGAUGUUCAAGCCCAUCCCCAGGAAGACCAGGGAGAAGAGGAGUGCUUUCAUGAUUGCAGCGACUCAUUUGACAAGGAGGAACCAGGAGUAGAUAAGGCAGAGGACAAACCUGAUGAUGUAAAUUCCUCUGAACUAGAUGAAGAAUACCUCAUAGAACUGGAAAAAGAUAUGUCAGAUGAAGAGAAACAGAAAAGAAGAGAAGCGAGCACUCGACUAAAGGAAGAGGGAAACGAACAGUUUAAGAAAGGAGAUUAUAUAGAAGCCGAAAGUUCGUAUAGUCAAGCCCUUCAAACGUGCCCAGCCUGCUUCCAAACAGACAGGUCUAUUCUAUUUUCAAAUCGAGCUGCUGCAAGGAUGAAGCAGGACAAGAAAGAGAUGGCAAUCAGUGACUGCAGCAAAGCAAUUCAGUUAAACCCAAGCUAUAUCCGCGCAAUACUGAGGAGAGCAGAGUUGUACGAGAAGACAGACAAGCUGGAUGAAGCGUUGGAAGACUAUAAAUCUGUCUUAGAGAAAGAUCCAUCAGUACCCCAAGCAAGAGAAGCUUGUAUGAGAUUGCCUAAGCAAAUUGAAGAACGUAAUGAGAGACUAAAGGAAGAGAUGUUAGGUAAACUAAAAGAUCUUGGGAACUUGGUUCUCCGACCUUUUGGACUCUCCACAGAAAAUUUCCAGAUCAAACAGGAUUCCUCUACUGGCUCUUACUCCAUCAAUUUUGUUCAAAAUCCAAAUAAUAACAGAUAA